AUGUAGAGUUUAGAUAAGUUAUCUUAGAGAAUUUAAAGCUCACUCUCUAAUAAAAGUGAGAUAGUAUACGUAUAUCCUGCUUUGCCUUGCUUCAUAAUAUUUAUAGUUAGCAUUAUUAGUGCAUCAGUAUACAUAACAAAGAAAGGUGACCAUCAAAGUUGCGUUUUGUAGAACCCAAAUUCAAGUGAUUAUAUAUAGGAAUACGUCUUAGGAUCCAUUAUUGUAGGUUAUAUAUUCUUGGCAAUAUAUUCGAACAUAUUAUUAGAAAUAAUCCCUAAGCUAAAAGGAGUAGUAGCUAGUUUUUUAUUACUUUUUGUUUGGUCUAUAGGAUCUUUUAUAUGGAAUAUAAUAGGAGCUACUUUAGUUUCUAAGUCUUACUGCAAAAGUACAAAAUAUUAUGGAAUCGCUGUAAUGAAUUUGGUAGUGUACUUUUUAUUCUUUGGUGGACUUGUCUUCUAUUCUAUUUAUAUUUGGAUAAUUCACAAAAAAGAGGAUAAAGCAGAUGUCCAAGUCAAUCCUAACUAUGUUUCUUAACCUUAAAAUGUUAACAAAAAUAAAUGA